AUGGGGAACAUGGACGGGAAAACCGUGGAGGAGCUCAGCACCACCGAGUGCCACCAGUGGUAUAAGAAGUUCAUGACAGAGUGUCCUUCUGGCCAGCUCACCCUCUACGAGUUCAAACAGUUUUUUGGCUUGAAAAACCUGAGUCCUUCAGCGAACAAAUACGUUGAGCAAAUGUUUGAGACGUUUGACUUCAACAAGGAUGGCUACAUCGAUUUUAUGGAAUAUGUGGCAGCUCUGAGCCUGGUCCUGAAAGGGAAGGUGGACCAGAAGCUUCGGUGGUACUUCAAGCUCUAUGAUGUGGACGGGAACGGCUGCAUUGACCGGGGAGAGCUGCUGAACAUCAUCAAAGCCAUCCGAGCCAUCAACCGCUGCAACGAAACGAUGUCGGCUGAGGAGUUCACAGACAUGGUGUUCGACAAAAUCGAUAUAAAUGGAGAUGGUGAGCUGUCCCUGGAAGAGUUCAUGGAGGGCGUGCAGAAGGAUGAAAUGCUGCUGGACAUCCUCACCCGCAGCCUGGACCUGACACACAUCGUCCGGUUGAUCCAGAACGACGGGAAGAACCCGCACGAGCUGGAGGAGGCGGCGGCUGACAAGUAACCCCCUGGGACGCUCUCCCUGCGCCUCCACUUUUCCCCCCUUGCAUUAUUAACUCGUGUCGUGGUUGUGGGAGCUGGAGAACUGUCCCAGUGCCAGUGUGGCCACAGGCUACCCUGUUAGUGCAGGGACCAGGACCUGCUCUGAAGGUGCUGCUCCCCCGGCAGACGGUUUGGGGGAG